CCACCUCGACAACCUUUUUUUGUGGUUCUCUUCCUGUCCGUAGGAAACGAAACCCCCCAACUGUGCGCAACAUAACUAUCGUGAAACUACAAUCACCGAAUACUCUACGCCCUGCGCAUACUACGUACCUACACACGACAAGAACAUGAGCAAAUCCGAAUUUCACCGUGCCGAUGAGCGACGCUUCCUCGACGAGCGUGGCUCCUCAGGCCCGCUCGCUCCCAACGGCCUCAACCCGGCCACCAUAAUGGAAAAGGCGGUUCGCGAACGCAUCAUCGACAGUUACUUCUACAAGGAGCAGUGUUUCGGUGUCAACGAAGCAGACAUCGUGGAUCGCGUUGUCGAGCACGUUGACUUCAUUGGCGGCGUCUAUGGCACCGUCCAGAAACCCUCGCCCUUCCUCUGCCUCGCCUUCAAGCUGCUGCAGCUCGCGCCCUCAGACGACAUCCUCAACGAGUAUUUACAAUUUGGCGGCGAAAAGUUCAAGUAUCUACGCGCGCUGGCGCUGUUUUAUAUCCGUCUUACGAGGAAGGACCAGGAUGUGUACAAGACGUUGGAGCCCUUUCUAGAGGACAGGCGGAAAUUGAGGAGGAAGGGUAGAAACGGCACUAGUCUGACGUAUAUGGAUGUCUUUGUUGAUGACCUAUUGACCAAAGACCGCGUUUGCGCGACGAGUCUGUGGAAGAUGCGGAAGCGAGACAUCCUGGAAGAUCUGGACAUACUUGAACCACGGGUCAGUCCCUUGGGGAACAUAGAAGAUCUCCUAGAAGAGGAGGAUGAGGCAAUGCGCAAGGCAGAGGAAGAGCAGAAUAAUAACGGCAGCGAAAGCGAGGGAGAGAUCAGAUCAAGGACACGGUCAAGAUCGCGUACGCCUAGGUCCAGGUCGAGGUCGACAUCUUAUUCGCGGUCCCGAUCGCCGGUGACGAGGAGAAGGUCAAGGACGAGAUCGAGGUCAAGAACACCGGAAGACCGCAAUGGCAGGGAAAGAAUGGAUAUCGACGGACCAGAGUAACGCCAGCGGACUCACCAGCAAAGCUCUCCACGUAGAGGUAGGGAUGUAAUGCCCGACACUCGUAUGUUCCCCAACCAAGAGUCUGACUCCCUGCUUGAUCAGCGAGAGUUGAGGAAAAGGUGUAAAACCCUUCUUUCAAGCAGGGCUCCUCAGGAGCAUUUCAAGACCCCAUGUGCAUCCAAGGUCCGUCAAAUGUGAGCGGUGCCGACAGUUGUGGCUAUAAUUAUCCAUUCCAAGCGUCGACAUGAUCAUUCGUGGCUCAAGCAAUACCUAUCGGCGUCCCAUACUCAGUUACAGAUUCGGCAUACCGCUGCUCGCGAAUCAUCAGUCAGGUCGCGAGGUGACCUUCCGCCCUUCCACCUAGAUGCAUCAGCAUGGCUUCUUCGGACUCACGGACCAGCGAAUGUCCUCAACUCUCGGUCGCCACCAAGAUGACUGCCUCAUCCACGGCAGAAGCAACGAGCAUAUUUGUUUAUUUAUGCAUGUUGGUUUCAAUCCGGACGGUACGUCUAUUUAACAGUACUGCAUCCUGCACCUCCCAAUUUGGAAGGAAAGUCGUGAUGCCAAAGCUCCGCCCUUAGAACUUAUAAGUACAAGACAAGCCUACACCAUCCGUCUUCGUAACUUUCUCUUUCCAUGUCUUAAUACAGAGUCACCAUUUUCACAUGAACCAUUUUUUGUUUCCUCAGUCUUGUUGGGGUCUUCGUGAAAACUAGAUUCUCAAGUUCCGCGAUCACUCCUGGUGGCUUUUUCUCUGCCACUCCGCUAAACUAAACCAUCAGCAGCACAAAAGACCGCCUCAAACGAAGUGAUCCCAUCUACCUCAUUUGCCCUCUUCUCCCUUCUCUCUUCAUUUGUAUCUCGAUCCUCCCAGGCAUUUGUUUUUCUUCUCCCUCGAAAGAUGGCGGAGAUCCACGCCAUCUGCAUCACUCUCGAAGAAAUCUCCCGACGACUCAACAAUAUAAGCAGAAUCUCUGCAAAACAUGCUAUUCAUGUGCAGAACUGCUCAGCAUGGUACAAACAAAACCCGCGAUUGAGGAAAUGGUGGGCAACCGCUUGCUUGGCCAUCACGGUGUUUGUGGUAUUAUAGCAAAAAGCCACGGGAGACAUUCCAGCAACCCAAAGACACCAAGGCCACCGUCACAGGAUCCACACUUCCCACCUCCCAUGCAAUAUAUCCCACAUCCGUGCAACAUACGCAGCGCGUUAACGAUGGUCUCUCUUCGGAUCGACGGCUUUUGAGAGAGAACAAUCACAAGAUUGUGAUACCUGCGGUCACCCAACUCCUAUCCAACAUGUGCAAUCUGCAUCCUCACGAAGUCCUAUGGGCCCGCAACACUAUUUCCGCUUGGUUCGGAAGAGUGGGCUGGGAAAGUGUCGCCUGGUUGUGGUUGUUUGUUGGGGGAUCACUGAUUCGGAGGCCAUAACAUGAUCAAGGAACCUGAAGAUGGCCUUUUGGUCUGCUAUGUGGGGAAUUUAGGAAACACUACUGGCCGAUUUUGCAAUUCUUUCGUCGUUGAUCGGCUACUCACUGGUGUUUCCCCAUGUUUUUGCCUGUCACUGCUUUGAUAUGGUUGUUUCUCCUGGGGUUCGGUCUAAAGGGCAGCAACACCUCAACGAUAACAUUUACCAAAUUCCCUGACUAC